CAAUAAACAACCAAAACAUGGUACUUCUAAAACACCACCCCACUCUUCCGUGAAGCUAGCCUCUCCUUGGCAAGAAAUCAUGCUUUAGAUAAUAUAUCUGCCCACAGAUAGAUCCAAGUACGUACUCAUUUCCAUUAUAAUAACUUCCCUAUUCUUGCAACAGCUGGGUACCUUCAAUCUCCAAACAAUCUUCAUCCAACUCACUGAUUACUUUCUAUAAUCUCAAACUGUAAAUUGAACUGCAAUUUACUUGGGUUACUCUUCAGCACGAAAUGGCCCUUGCUGCUACAGCUGAGGUAGUGCUAGGUUCCAUUUCCUUUGGCAUAUUCUGGAUACUUGCAGUCUUCCCAGCAGUCCCUUUCCUUCCCAUCGGAAGAACAGCAGGCUCCCUCCUUGGCGCCCUUCUCAUGGUCAUCUUCCGUGUCAUAACUCCUGAACAAGCCUACUCAUCCAUCGACAUGCCCAUCCUCAGCCUCCUCUUCGGCACCAUGGUUGUCAGCAUCUACCUUGAAAAAGCCCACAUGUUCAAAUACUUGAGUCAGCUUCUUUCAUGGAAAUCCAAGGGUGGCAGAGACCUGCUCUGCAGAAUCUGCAUCAUUUCAGCUUUUUCAAGCGCUCUGUUCACAAAUGACACCACCUGCAUUGUUUUAACAGAAUUCGUUCUUAAACUCGCAAAGCAAAACAAGCUCCCACCAAAACCAUUUUUGCUUGCACUUGCCUCAAGUGCCAAUAUUGGUUCCACCACAACUCCCAUUGGUAACCCUCAGAAUCUAGUUAUUGCAGUACAGAGUAAGAUCUCAUUUGGAAAAUUCCUAGUAGGAAUCCUUCCUGCAAUGGUUGCUGGGAUAGUGAUAAACACCAUAAUUCUAUUGUGUAUGUAUUGGAAAUCCUUGUCCCCUGUGAAGGACGAAGAGGAGGUGGUUGAAGAAACUGUGGUGGAUGGUGAGGUCCUGUUUCAUAAGUUUUCUCCUGCAAGAAUGUCACACCUUUCGAAUCAGAAUUCACAAGUGGAGGUUGGGGGAGAUGAAGAGGAGAAGAACAGCGUUCAGAUGAGUGGUGGGAGAGAGACGAGCUUGAUGAUUGGGGCUGAGGUGGAGAAGAAGAGCAUUAGCAGGAAGGCUUUGUGCUUGAAAGGGUGUGUGUAUUUGGUUACUGUUGGAAUGUUGGCUGCUCUGUUGGUAGGGCUAAACAUGUCUUGGACUGCAAUUACUGCUGCGCUUGUUCUCAUUGUUAUUGAUUUUAGGGAUGCUGGGCCUUGUCUUGAUAAGGUUUCAUAUUCUUUAUUAAUAUUCUUCUGCGGCAUGUUCAUCACUGUAGAAGGAUUCAACAGAACAGGAAUACCAAGUGUUUUUUGGAACUUCAUGGAACCUCAUGCAAGGAUUAACCAUGCAACUGGAAUGGCUGUGCUCGCUCUUGUUGUGCUUCUCCUAUCAAAUGUUGCUUCCAAUGUUCCUACUGUAUUCGGUUGGGAUGAGCAGAUGUGGAGACAAGGACCUACUGUUAUUGUAUAUGCUGAAGAGUUUGGUGAAUGA